AUGGCUCAAGACAUGUUUGGAGAGCACCGGCGCCUGAAUGAAGGGGUUGGAGAACUGUCGUUUAACUUCGAAGAUGCCAUUACGCUCUGUCGAGAGCUAGGUAUUCGUUACCUUUGGAUAGACAGUAUCUGCAUCAUCCAGGCAGGCGAUGGGGGUGCAGACUGGGACGAGGAGUCCAAGAAGAUGGGCUCUUACUACCAAAAUUCCAUUCUUACCAUAUUCGCCGUGUCCGGAGCACAAGAUCGAGGCUUCUUGCAGAUGAAGGCGGAUCUAAUUGACCAUAUAGUCCAACUGCCGUUUUUCAAAAGAAGUCAUAUGGCUGAUCAGAAGGUGCAGGAUGGCCACUUUUAUGCCUUCCGCCGGCCUACGAAAUCCGACAAUAUCUUUUUGAAUGAGGUGGAUCGAGGUGAACUCCUAUCUAGAGGGUGGGUCUUCCAAGAACACCUUCUUUCCAGGAGAAUUGUAUACUUCACCGAACAAGAAACCUUUGUUGAAUGCGCGUCCCGCUCGCCCAUGAGCUUAUCCGGAGACCCGAUCCAGGUUGGAGACGGGGCAGUCACAAGGAGGCCGCGGCAGCGCGGCGAUUUCAAUUUUCGGACGAAAAAGGUCCGCGCUCGGCUUAACCACAGCUUCAAGAAGGACAUUAUGCACGAAUCUGGAAAUCCGUACACGGGCGUAUUCUAUUACCCUUGGAUACUGAUCGUCUGUGACAACUGGUACAACGUCGUCAUGGAUUACUCAAGCACAGCGUUGACCUUCCAUUCAGACCAUCUGAGAGCCAUUUCUGGUAUAGCAAUCGAAGUGGGAAACGUCCUGAAGCAAGAGCGCGGGAUCAAGUAUGUAUCUGGUCUUUGGCUUGGCGACUUCCACCGAGGCCUCUUGUGGCGAUCGCGUGCGCCACAAGCAGUGGGUUGUACGUGCGGUGCUCCUUCAUGGUCUUGGCUGGCGCUUUCUAGCCCUGUGCAAUGGUCCUGGAGGCACGAUGAUACAAUAAAGGAGCUUCGGGUUCUCAAGUUCUCGCCAGAGCUGCCAAAAGAAUUUGACCCGGUGUGGAUGUCAACGGGGAUGCUAGUCCGGGCAUCCCUGAUGGAAGUGGUAAUCAAAGGCCCUGACGACAAUCCAGUGGAUGAUGAGGGAAAGCCUCGUGAACAACGAUACAAGACUAAUGCUAUCCGACAAAAGACUGGCGACAUUGAUAGGGAACCAGAUAGUAAACUCUUCUCAAGGAUUGGACCAAACAGCCGUCGAGAUGCGGGUGUGUUCUACGGCGUUUUCAGUAAGUCGGAACCAGAUAUUGUGGCUGGCUGGGCCUCCAUGGACGAGCCGCAGUAUUAUUCGAGCGACUCCGAUUCCCACGGCUACGCGGGCACUGUUAUUGCCUGCCACAUCGAGACAAGAAGGAGCAUUCGCCAGAGCAACAUAACAAGACUGCGGCUUCCCGAUCGAGCGUCCCACCAUGGGUUCUUAAACAAAGUGUACGACGUGCUGUUCCUUAAGCGGGUGGGAGUUCUUGGCCAUGGCACGUAUUCUUACCAGAGAAUAGGGAUGGGAAGUAUCUACGGAAGGACAAUGCAGAAUGAGUUUGAUGCAGAGGUAGCAGAUAUCUUUGAACUAGUGUAG